AGGGAACUCUUUUAUAAGCGCUCAGUACAAAUAAAUGUUCAAGUGCAGCUUGUUCUCUAUAGGAACCAUGCAUAUGGGCUGCAUGGAUGGGGCCUGAAGGAAUGAAGUGUCUCUGAGAAGGAUGCUGAGUCUAACUGAGCACAGAGCCGUAUGCAAUCUCUUAUCACUGAUGAUGUCUGGAGCAGAGUCUCAUACCGACAGAGAGGAGGACUACAAGUUCCUCCACAGCAUGUUGAUGGAGAAGAAGGUUCACCUACUCUUUAAGAUCCAUGAGAGGCUGAAGCGUUUUGAAAGGCAAACCCCCGUUCCCCUCCAGCAGCAUGCAGCGAGUCUGGCCUCAGAUUUGGUUGAAGAACUAAUAUACAAAGAUUGGAGAGAUGAACCUAAGGAAUUGAUUGCCCUCUUUUCCAAACCACACUUUAAGAGUCUUCUUCAUGUCCAUGAUGCUGUAGCCCAGAGAGACUAUGAACCUGCUCUGCCGCCCACACCUGAUGACGUACUGGAAGAGGAGGAAGAUUCAGUCAAAAUUGUCAGUAUGGUCAAAACCAAAGAGCCUCUGGGGGCAACAAUUAAGAAAGACAAAUCCACUGGAGCUCUUGUAGUGGCGAGGAUCAUGAGAGGAGGUGCAGCUGAUAAAACCGGCCUGAUCCAUAAAGGAGAUGAGUUGAAGGAGGUUAACGGAGUUUCUCUCGAGCACAGGAAGCCAAAGGAAAUCCUUCCUCUCCUGGCUCAAGCUGAGAGUGAAAUUAAAUUCAAAAUCAUUCCUGGAGACUGUAAAGAGGAUAUUUCAUCAAAUGAGACAAAGCUGUUUGUGCGGGCUUUGUUUGACUACGAUCCCACAGAGGACCCCACCAUCCCAUGCAGGGAUGUGGCAGUGGCCUUUAAAAGAGGUGACAUCCUCCAGAUUGUCAGCAUGGAAGAUGAAACUUGGUGGCAGGCUUGUCACCAUGGAAACAGCAGCAAUCAAGCUGGGCUCAUCCCCUCAAAGCAACUGCAUGAAAGAAGAGUUGUGUUACAGCGACCCAGUGCCCUGUUCAAGCCUCGCCCAGUCAAGCCACCAGAUGAGGGGGAAGUUAUGGAGGAAGUAAAUUACGGAGCUAUAACAGGGAUCCACAUUGCUGGUUUAAGGAGGAGUUUUCGGCUUGGGAGAGAAAGCAACAGGACCAAGGAGGCUGCCCGGUGCCUGAGACGGAUCGCUGAGGUACACGAUACAAUACCUCCACCUACCUACAUAGAGGUGUUCCCCUACCAUAGAAAGCCAAAGGAUCAACACUGUCUGGUAGCCCUGGUUGGGCCCAGCGGCGUUGGCGUAAGUGAACUGAAGAGGAGGCUGGUGAUCUCGGACCCCGACCGCUAUGGCGUCAGUGUACCCUACACAACACGUGAGAAGAGAAGUCAUGAGAAUGAAGGGGUGGAUUAUCAUUUUGUGACAGUUCAUAUGUUUGAAGAACAAAUUCUCAAUCAUAGGUUUGUGGAAUAUGGUUGUUACAGAGGCCACUACUAUGGAACAUGUCUAGACUCUGUGCACACAGUGAUGGCAGAGGGCAAGGUGUGCCUCCUGGAUCUGCAUCCUAGUAAAAUAAAGCUUGUGUAUACAUCUGAAUUCAAACCAUUCGUGGUGUUUGUGAAACCCCCAUGCAUCGAGGAGCUACGCCUCACCAGACGGAGAGCUAAAUUUGUCUGUGAUGAAGAGAACGCUCACCAAGUCAGGACUUUUUCAGAGGAGGAUUUUGAGGACAUGAUUGACUUGGCUGAAAUCAUGGAGAGCCAGUACGGUCACCUGUUUGACAAGGUGAUUGUUAACGGAGAUAUCGCCUUGGCGUUUAGAGAGUUGAAGGCAGACCUUGAGAAGAUCCAGGAGGCAGAGGUCCAGUGGGUUCCUCCUGAGUGGAUCUGCACCACAUCCACAAAACAACGAAGAUUGAACUGUGAUCGUGUGUUUUCACUUGUUUUCAAGUCAGAAGGCUAAAAGAAAAGAAAGGGGGAAAAGAAAUCUCCUAAAUUAUAAGCAAGACUUUAACACCUUGAAUAUUUGCUUUAGUCAUGUUUUGAAUAUUUUUCCAUGACUCCAACGUUUUUCCAUAAUGUGUUUUUUAGUGGACAGAAUCCAUCUCUCUUUCCUUCUCUCUCUGCAUUUCGUUGUUAGAAUUUAGCUGACACAACUUCAACUCACAGGAUGAAGAAGGAAAAAAAAGAAACUCUCCAGAGCUUUGUGGCUGAGUGUAGUCCUUCCCUGCCAAGUUGCAAACAUCAGCAUGUAAUUAUUCUGACAGUUGCUGUACUUCAAUUAGCUGUAAUGUACACCAGAGAAAUAUUACUAGUAGCAGUCAGGGAAGCGGUUUGCCAACAAUAUGCUGUUUGAAAUAUGGACACAAACAGGAUAACCACUGUAGAUCCUUCAUGAAGCUAAUUGUACUCUUACUCAUAGAUCUAUGGAUGUGCUAGUUAUAAUUUAAAGCUGUUUUAUA